GGGGCCUCCUGGGGACGUCGGAGUAGAUCGGGCACCUCGAGAGGCCACCUUCUGAGGGUCAAGGGCCAAGACCGUAACACUCUUGGCGCAAGGUUAUUUGGUUCAGGCGACCUUGGCUGCCGCACGCAAGCCAUUGCGCGCAUGAGAGGUAUUUCGCGGUGAUGGCGACAUCGCGAGAGUUGGCCGGAGUAGUGCUGAUUUUAUGUGGGGUUCAAUUCUCUGUGGCAGCGAACACGGUUGUCAAGUUGCUCAAGGGCGUGCCAAUGUUUCAAUUGAUGCAGGCCAGAUUUCUCUUGCAAUGGACAUGCAGCAUGGGUUUGUCAUGUGCGAUGAAAUUUUCAGGCCGUAGCGUUUGCAUCGCUGGCCCGCCGGGAUGCAGGUUUUGUUUGGCUUUGCGCGCCACCACUUACACAGCAGCAUUAAUGUCAUUCUGGUGUUCGCUGUGUUACUUGCCUGUAGGGGAAGCCACUGCCAUCGUGUAUCUCCAUCCAGUGUGUUGUGGUUUGCUUGCUCACGUCCUGCUGCAUGAACCUCUGGGCCGCAUAUUUUGGCUGCAAGGAGCAGUCAGUGGCACAGGCGUUGCUCUUGUGGCCAAUUUGUACGGUGCGUUGACUGGCGCGGAACACAAUGACAGAGCUGGUGGCUUCGCGGGCGAAGGGUUCGCAUUAUUGGCUUGCCUGUGCUUCGCGUCAGGGAACUGCGUAGUUCGCCUGAUGCCCCGGUGCCAACCACUCGAGGUUCAGGUAUUUACAGACUCCGUCAUUGCACUUGUCGCCAUGCCGACGGUUCUGUGCCUCAGUGGGAGCGUUCCAGACUUAGAGUUGUGGAGCGGCACUCGGAUGGUGCUCUUGUUGGCCUUCACAGCUUUUGGGAUCGGAUCUUCCUUCCUCGCGAUCUCUGGUUUCAAGAUGGCCCCAGCUACGAUCGCAGCAUUGUUCAUGUACUUGGAGGUUCCAAGCUCAUUCGCGGUCCAGGUGUUCAUCUUCAACGAGAUACCAGGCGCCGAUGCGGUGUUAGGAGCUGCGCUGAUCACAUUAGCAGCCUUCGUGCGUCUUGGAUACGAGGCGCGACGAUCGAGGGAGGACCUUGUAGAUCCGAAGGAUUUCGCCUCGCCCAACUCUGUUGAUAUCAACGAUGAGUCCACUGAUGUCGCGACGCGUCAGGGUACUCUCGAGGUGUGCCUUGGACCUUACAUACUUGCGCGGCAGGCCUCAGCGAAGCCCUACACAGAGCGUACACGAGCAGUGUCAGAGUUCGCAGCUGGUUCUAUGUUCACCCCCUUGACCGCCCACAGGCAGUUCACUUAUUAGCAUGCGCGCGUGGGCCUUGCUGCGCAUGGCGAGUUUGACGUGCUCUGAUGUGCGCCGAGAGCGUCGACCCAUGAAGGAACGAUGUUCGAGGAAUCGUCUAGGGUGCGAGUGAGAGGCGUGUCCUCGCUCGAAGUAUGGCGGCCAUGCUGCGUACUCGCGCCUGGGCGCACACAGAGACAAGUUUUCGGCCCAGCGCGAGCAUUUCAGCACCCCGCUGGGCCCUCUGGUCAAGCCUCCGACCCCCUCCCCUCUCUCCCCUUCCCAUCCUGAUGGGUUGCUUGAACCUCAGCGCUUGAGCCCUGACGCCAUUUUGGCCCAGUCUUCGGGGAUUCGCUCGCGAUGUGCUUGCUUUCAAGUGCGGCCUCUUCCUGGCCUCAUGCCGGGGUGCCGACGAACGUCCCAUGCGAGGACACCGCAUGUUGUAUGUUGGUUUCCCUACGUCUCAGCAAAAAAAUGGUCGAGGGCCUAAAUUUCGAUCACGUCG